AUGCAACAAUCUUACAACACAUUUACGAUUUCAGAGGAAAAUCUGAGUUAUAAUCUAUGUAAUCAGUUUUCUCAAAGGGUUUCAGAAACUCAAUUCCAAUCUUCCCAACCCAAGCAUUUCCAGUUCCGUGAUUCUCAGAAUGUAGAAUCUAAGAGUUCUAGUGACGAUCGAUUCUCGAAAGAAACAAAGAAGAAACUAACGAGGAGUUGCAACCUUUUGUCGAGAAAAAAUGCACCUUUACAAACCGCCAGAAGUCAAAGAAAUGGGUGGAACGCGAAGAGUUUGCUUUGA